AUGAUGUCUUACUCGCACUCAUCCCCGCUCCGCCCCUCCGCGCCCCACGCGCUCGACGCGCACCAGCGGAAAUCCCCCACCCCCCCGCCGCCCGCCGGUGCUGCGCAUCCGCCCUUCCGCGGACCAGCGCCAGCGCCUGGGUCUGCGCACUCCCCGCUCUCCGUGCGCGGCCCUCUCUCCGCCCCUCCCGUCUCUCACCCACAAUCACACCCCCCCACCUCACACCCGCUACAAUCACACCCGCCGUUUCUUCCCCCUCCUCCGCACUCCCCCCCGUCUCGCUCCUUACCCUCCCAUCCCCCUCCCUCUCACCCUCCCCCAUCGCUUCCCCACCCCCUAUCCCACCCGCCACAGUCACACCCGCCAUCGUCACACCCGCCACAGUUACACCCGCCUCUAUCGCGCCCCACUCACCCCCCGCCCGGGUACAGACCUCCCCCACAAGGCCCCCCCGGAACUGCCAAGCCGGCCAGCGGGGCAACCGGGGGAGCAGCAGGGGGGGCAGCGGGGGGGCCAGCAGCGGGGGGAAGGGGAGGGGUGGGUGCAGCGGGAGGGGCGUUAAUGUCAGGCUCAGGCGCUCCUUCUGCUGCCAACACCACUGCUACCACCACCACCACCACCACCACCACCACCACCACCACCACCACCACCACCACCACCACCACCACCACCACCACCACCACCACCACCACCACCACCACCACCACCACCACCACCACCACCACCACCACCACCACCACUACUAGCAGCAGCACCACCACCACCGCCAUUGGUGCCGCUAACAUCAGCACCGCUAGCAGCAGCAGCAGCAGCAGUGCGUUUGCAGCGCGCUCAUCCCCGCCGGUCAGCUUUCGCCGCAUGUCCAGCCUUGACGUCAAGACCUCUUUGGAUGGCCUCGCUGUGCUCGCUCGGCAGGGCUCGUGGCGGGCCAUAGUGGACAAGGUGGUGGAGGGUUACAAGCUCGCGGGGCUGGCGCAGCAGCUGGCGUUACGCGGUUACCACGUGCUGGCGCUGAUGAAGCUGCGCAUGUAUGGGGCAGCAGCAGAGGAGCUCACACUGUUAGGGAACCUUGACUCACCGCAGUACCGAUACGAGGCACACCCGGGCAUGUAUCCUGGGAGGAAAGGCUCCAUGCUGCCCUUUGCGCUGCGCUGCUCGCAGCAGAGCUGCCCCACCGCAUGGGCAACCCCGCACUCACCUUGGAACGACUGUGUGCUCUGCAGGCGUACUGCACAGCUAAGGCGGCAGGCAGUGCGGCACGCGCUCGUAUCCCACCACCUGGCGCAGCGAGACUACCCCACUGCACUCCUCUGGCUGCAGCGCCUCCUGCGCUACGAGCCGAGCAACGCCGCCCUGCUCUCGCGGUACGGCCUCGUUCGGCUGCAGCUGGGGGACGUGGAGGGCGCGAGCGCUGCGUUCGGAUUGGUGGAGAAAAUGGUGGUGCAUCGCGAGGUGGAGAUGGAGAGUGAGGGGGGGGGUGGGGGAGGAGGGGGGGAGGGGGCGGGGGAGGGGGAGGGAGGAGGGGAGGCAACAGGAGAUGCGAGUAACACAGCAGGAGCUGGAGCGGGAGCAGGAGGGGCAGGAGCAGGAGCAACAGGAGCAGGAGCAACGGGAGCAGGAGGGAGCGAUGGGGGUGUGGGGGCAGGGCGGGUGACAGCAGCGAAUCUGGGCGAGAUGAAGAGGCUGGUGCGGCUGAACAAAGCUCUCGUGCACUUUGCUCGCAAGGAGCAUGGGCAGGCGCUGCAGCUGUUCUCUGCGGUCACUAAAGAGGAUCCCACCAACUCCAUUGCUGCAAAUAACAAGGCCCUCUGCCUGAUGUACGGCCGAGAUCUCGCGACGGCGGUGCGGGUGCUGGAGGACCAAUUGCAGGCGAGCCCGCUGACAGCUGUCGACGAGACAGUGGUGCUCAACCUGUGCUCCAUGUACGAGCUGGCGGCGUCUGAUACGCUCAAUGCCAAGAGCACGCUCAGCAACUGGCUCACUCGUUUGGCUCCUGACGACUUUGACUUUGCCUGCACUCGGCUGUAG